AUGAUUCGUUACAUUGGAAUGCGUGUUGAGACUGAAGGUGGUUUGAAUGAACUUCAGAUAUACUUGGAAUAUGCAGACGGUGGAGAACUUUUCGAUCAAAUUGAUGUUCUAAAAAUCUCCGACUUCGGUAUGGCCACUGUUUUCCGGCACAGCGAUCGUGAAAGAAUGUUGAAUGCCACAUGCGGUACACUACCUUACGCUUCCCCACAAGUCAUAAAAGGAUUGUACAAAGAGUGUCCUGCCUACAGAGAAUGGGUUAACGGCACUAUUGUAGUGACAGAGAAUAACCCUUGGAAGAAAAUUGAUACCACAGCUUUAUCAUUAAUUCGUGCAAUACUAACGGAGGACGAGAACACUCGUGCCACAUUGCAGCGGAUCAUGGAGCAUCCAUUGGACAAACAUAGACUUCGCCCAGCAGCUUCUCAGCCUUCGGCAGUAAAAUGGACAUCUUCUGUUGUGAACGGGUACAAUUCGUUCUCGCAGCCUGCUGAAGCACCACUGUUGCUGAGCAAUAGCCAAUUAUCCCAGAAUGUGGACAUUGAUCCAAUGACAAUGAUGGUCCGCCGUAUGACGCGAUUUUGCGUCACGGUGUGUGGUGCUGAGGUCGUUUCACGUAUCAGGGCUGCCUGUGUUGAUCUCGGUUUUCUUCCUGUAGAGAAGGCUAACAAAACGUUACUAAUCACGUACAGAGACAUGUCAUUCAUGGUGACGAUCUACGAGGUGCCAACGAAGGUGCUGGUGGAUUGCAGGAGAUCACGUGGUGAUGGUUUGGAGUUCAAACGAGCGUUUCUUCUGCUCAAGGCGAGCCUAUCAGACAUCAUAAGCAAAGAAGGAGAAUCAUGGAUGGAAAGUCGUGGACUGACAUGCUCACAAAAUGCUGAGGUAGCAAGUUGGACGCGAAGAGGUGUUGUUUAG